AGCAGUGCAAUUUUUAGAGAGGUUUUUUUGAGUCAUUGAACUUUUGCUCCGGUUUUUUAUUCCCCUAAAAGGUAAGACUUUAAAAAAAAGGGCCACGAGAGUCUCUGCAUUCUGCCAUGCUCUUUCAAACAAAAAAAAAAAAUUAAAUGUCUAGAAUGAAGACCCACAGAGAAAACUAAGAUAUACUAAAGAGCUAUUUUUGUGAAACUCACGUAUGUUUUCAAAGAAAAUAGUGAGUGUAAGUUUUCAGUUCGAGGUUUGGCGGCUCCUCGUCUCCCCUCCCCUCCCCCACCCCAUUACAGACACAUGGCAACGAGAAAGAGAACAUUACAGACAAUCUCCCAUUACAGACGUUGACAACUUUAUGAAAAAAAAAAUUUUGUAUUCGAAAUUGAGAGAUAAAAAUAUAGGAUUUCCUAAUAAUUGAUUAUGGUGAGAAAAGAACUAUUAUCUUCUUUUGGAAAUUUUAAAUAUUGGAUAUUUUGUCAUUAGUAUAAUGAAAGCAAAGGAGAUAUGUGAGUUCCACAUAUUCAGCCCUAAAGGGACUGCACUAACAAGCUUUUUUUUUGAGACUAUAAAGUUAUGUAUUCGAAAGGUAUUUAUAUAUUAAUUAGAUGUCGUCUUGACAUUGACGAUAUAUGUAUAUUUCAUAAACUGUAAGCUUUUUCUAUGUUUUAUUUUUUUGUAGAAAUUGUAAAAGGAUAUAACUGUGUGCAUAAGUAUAUAUCGGUAAAGAUAUAUAUGUAUGUAUUACCAAAAGUAUGAGAAGAAAAAAACAAAACGUAUAAAGAAGAUAAAACAUUCACAACGCAUAUAUAUUAUGUAUCCCCUUCUAUUAUAAAGAAGAGAUAAAAAAGGAAAAAAACAAUGUCGAGAAAACAAAUCAAAACUUGAAACGAUGUUGAUUUUUGCAAAACUUCAAAUGAACGUUUCACAUUUUUCUCUCUAUGUGCUCUCUGGCUCUCUCACAUUGUCUUCUCUUUUAUUGUAUCAUUUUAUUCUCUUGUUUUUCUCAAUUCCAGUGAUUCCAUUACGUGGAAGUUCAAUUGACAUUCAUCCAAAUGCUCGAUGGCAACAGAAUGGUCUCAUUAUUGCUGGAGGAAAUGGAAAAGGAAAUGGAAUCAAUCAACUCUCAAACCCGUUGGGUUUGUAUGUUGAUGAAGAUCAAACAAUAUAUGUCGCUGAUCAAUACAAUCACCGUAUUGUGGAAUGGAAAUGGGGUGCGACGAGUGGCCAAGUGGUUGCCGGUGGAAAUGGACAAGGCAGUGGGGCUCAUCAAUUGAAUGAACCUCGAGAUGUGAUUGUCGACAAAGACAAAGAUUGUCUAAUCAUCUCCGAUUAUUCGAAUAGAAGAGUGGUUCGAUGGCCUCGUCGAAAUGGGACAAGUGGAGAAACAAUCAUCUCCAGCAUCUAUUGUGUGGGUUUGACAACAGACGAGAAUGGAUCUCUCUAUGUCGUUGACUAUGGUAAUGAUGAAGUGAGACGAUAUCGAAGAGGAGAAUCUCAAGGAACAGUGGUUGCAGGUGGCAAUGGAAGUGGAAAUCGUCUCGAUCAACUCUCUUUCCCACACUACGUAUUCGUCGAUCGAGAUCAUUCAGUCUACGUGUCUGAUUGGAACAAUCAUCGUGUGAUGAAAUGGGUGGAAGGUGCAAAACAAGGCAUUAUCGUGGCUGGUGAUCAAGGAGAAGGAAAUGGUCUUACACAAUUGUCAUAUCCUCAAGGAGUCGUUGUCGAUCAAUUGGGCACUGUCUAUGUGGCUGAUGGAUGGAAUCAUCGAAUCAUGCGUUGGGCCAAUGGAGCCAAACAGGGAAUUGUCAUUGUUGAUGGAAACGGUAGAGGAGGACAAUCGAAUCAACUGAAUAGGCCCACCGGUUUAUCAUUCGAUCGACACAGCAAUCUCUAUGUCGUCGAUUACGGAAAUCAUCGAACACAAAAAUUCAACAUCGAAUCCAAUAAAUAA